UGCUCUUCAACCCCCCCAUUCUCUCUCUCUCCUCUCAAAAGCGUGCCCUCUAACCUCUCAUUACUCUCUCUCUCUCUCUCAAACGCUUCACUUUCUCUUCCAAACACCAAAACAAAGCAUCAAUUACUGUGUCUCCCCAACUCGCAAUCGCCUCUUCCACAGCUCGCAGCUUUUGAUGCACUCUCAGCCGACAACAUCAUUCGCCCAACCCAUUCCCCAUUUUUCUUCAAUUCAUCGAUCUUCGCUCCCUUUACUGUCUCUGAUCCAUUGAUUUAGAGAGAGCCAUCAUCGACCAUGGAUAGGUGCGAUAAGUUUCUCAAAGUAGAAGAUCCAAACCUGGAUCGUCGCCCAAGGGAUCAGAACCCGUCCUUCUCCUCCACCCUUCUCGACGCCAUCUACCGCUCCAUCGACGACGACGGCGCCGGCAGCGAGGCCGUGGAAAAGCUGGUUCUUUACCGGGAAACCACGAGGAAGAAACGGGGCGGCUUUGACGACGGCAUGGCGGGCUUCCGGAGGGCCUGCAUGAUCGAGAAUUGGAUGGAGAAGAAAGUCAGCGAGAAGGUGGUCCUCCGCCGGAUGUCGGCUGCAGAUUUCGACAGUGUUAAGGAUUUGGGGAGGAAUCGAAGGAGCGAUCGCGAGUCGUUGUUCCUGAAAUCCAGUUCGAGCUCCUCGGACUCCAGCUCGGCUGGAGGAUUUUCGUCCUCCGAAGCGGAGUCGAAGUCGUCAUCGGGGUUCACGGCUCACCGGCCGAAGCCUAUUCGCACCGGCAUUUCCGCUCCGCCGGAGAAAUUCAACAAGCAAGAAAUUCGUCAGAAGCCAAAGCAAGACAACAGUUUCGUGAAGACGAAAUCCAAAGCAAUGAAGAUCUACGGCGACCUGAAGAAGGCGAAGCAGCCGAUCUCUCCCGGCGGCCGGCUCGCCAGUUUCCUGAACUCUCUCUUCACGGCCGGCGGCGCAAAGAAGGCGAAGAUAUCAUCUCCCGCCGGGGCCGGAAGAUUCGACGACGCCAGCUCCGACUGCAAAUCGAAGUCCACCUGCUCCUCGGCUUCUUCGUUUUCUAGGUCAUGUCUGAGCAAAACUCCAUCGUCGCGAGGAAAAUUAAGCAAUGGCACGAAGAGAUCGGUCCGAUUCUAUCCAGUCAGCGUAAUCGUGGACGAAGAUUGUCGGCCAUGCGGAGAGAAAUCCUUGUACGAAGAUGAUCAUCGGAAUCUCACGCUGAGAAACUCCAUUAAUGACGAGCUUAACUUCCAUAUCAUGGAGAAGAAUCGCCGGAUCGAGGAAGCGGCAAGAGACUUGUUGAAGAACUAUCAGAAGAAGGCUGAAUACAAUCAGUACUUCAACAACGAUCCAGAGUUCGACAACAACGACGACGACGAAGAAGACGAUGCCGCGAGCUACGCGAGCUCUGAUCUCUUCGAGCUCGACAACCUCUCCGCCAUUGGAAUCGAGAGGUAUCGAGAAGAGUUGCCAGUGUAUGAGACAACUCAUCUCGACACCAAUCGAGCCAUCGCCAAUGGCUUCAUUUCCUGAAUUUUUCAUUACCCGGCGGGUAUUGUCGGUCCCUUAGACGACACUUGAGGGGAAGCGGGAACUAAAACGUUCCCCUUCUCCACCCAAGUUCGCUCUCGUCGUAUCGACUACUUACCUCUUUUUUGAUUACCCAAAAAAAAAAAAAAAAAGAACAAAAAAAUCAAA